UUUUACUCUUCCAUUCACCCAAGCUCCUUCUUUCUAGCAAAUCCCGUUUGUUGGCGGAUAAAAAUACAUCUGCAGAGUCUCCCGGAAGCUGCCCCAUCAGCCUCGUAGACAAGAAGCCUUGUUUUCCUGCACCGCCACAGAAAUGUCUUCCUCCUCCUCCUUCUCCGGCUCACUGGGAUCAAAGUCUUUUUCGUUCUUAGCUGGUUUUCCUUAGAGAAAAGCUGGAGUUCAGGGUUCAGUUCAGAGAGGGUGACUCCUUGAGGGCAGACCUAGAGGCGCCGCGCACCGGUUCCGCCUGCAGCCCGGGCAGAGCUGCGCCCCGGCUGCCUGCGCCGCGCGAGUCCGCCAAUAGCGCCGAGAAAUCCGUUACCAGGCGGCUGUGUCCCCAAGGGCCAUUCAGGGCGGAAGGGAGCAGGGAAAACCGCUGUGUUGAUUCCCGGGCGCUGUAGGCUGCGAGCGCAGAGGGUCAGGUUACAGGCAGGCAUAAAGGUUGAUAGGAACAAACAGAUAUAAUAAUAAAUGCAAAGCUUUCCUACCUCCCCGGUAGGGGCGGCGAGAAGAUGUAGCCAAUGUUCACUAUGCUGGCUUCCUGGAAAGAAUCCUUGGAAGUCUCCCGCCGCCUCGCCCUUCUGACCGCCCAGAUUUCAUCAAGCCCCGGGAAGGCUCCACAAGGUCCAGAGGAACUGAGCCAUUUUCUGGCUCGUCGAAGACAAAUCCACCCGGCGGGGGAGGGGGGCAACUCGUGGGAGGCCCCAACUCACCGGAAGGGUGCCCUGGGAGGCGAACCUGGGGUUUACUUCGAAGAGCUCGCCUCGAGGUGCAGGUGAUGGGAGAAUGGGGCGGGGGUUGAUUAAAAAAUGUUCUUCCUUUCUUAAAAAGAGGAGGGGGAAGAGCAGACUUUAAAUUCUUUUGCAAACAUUCAUGCCUAAGGAAGGGCUGGAACAGGCAGCCCCGGCCGCCGGAACCGGUCGGACAGGUAGCGAGCUUGUUGACACCGUUAUGUUGCAGGGCGCAUGCUCACUCCCAAGUUUCCUGGUGCCUUUUCUAUUCCACCUUAUGAAACUUUUUCCCCGGCGUGGUCUCACUCGCGAUUUAAGGCAUAGGUGUCGCCCAGCCGGGAGGCUGGGAGUCGCCAGGCGUGCGGGGGAGAGGCCUGGGCCGCGCCGCGGCGGGGGGUGGAGGAAGAGGGCAGGCGAGGCGGGAAGGUGGGCUCUGGCCGCCGGGAGCCGGGGACGGAGCCGCCGCCGUCGCCCCUAGCGGGGAGCAGCCGGGAGGAGGGGGCCGCGGUCGGGAGAGGGGACCCCACCAUGCCCAAAGUCUUCCUGGUGAAGAGGAGGAGCCUGGGGGUCUCGGUACGCAGCUGGGAUGAACUCCCGGAUGAGAAAAGGGCAGACACCUACAUCCCAGUGGGCCUGGGCCGCCUGCUCCACGACCCUCCCGAGGACUGCCGCAGCGACGGCGGCAGCAGCAGCGGCAGCGGCAGCAGCAGCGCGGGGGAGCCUGGAGGAGCCGAGAGCAGCUCGUCCCCGCACGCCCCCGAGCGCGAAACCCCCGAGCCCGGCGACGCCGAGGGCCCCGAUGGACACCUGGCGGCCAAGCAGCGCCCGGUCGCCAGAUCGAAAAUCAAGUUCACCACAGGCACGUGCAGCGACUCGGUGGUUCACAGCUGCGACCUGUGUGGCAAGGGCUUCCGUCUGCAACGCAUGCUGAACCGUCACCUCAAGUGCCACAAUCAGGUGAAAAGACACCUGUGCACCUUCUGCGGCAAAGGCUUCAAUGACACCUUCGACCUGAAGAGGCACGUCCGCACCCACACAGGGUCUCCUUCUCUGCCCUCUUUGCCUCCCAGUGCCUUCCUCAGCCUUCUCCCUGAGGCAGGGGCCUCACCAGCCUGCCCUGUUGCAGUUUCUAGAAGCCUGCUUGCUUCUAGAGGAAGGUAUUCGUCCCUACAAAUGCAACGUCUGCAAUAAAGCCUUCACCCAGCGCUGCUCUCUGGAGUCCCACCUGAAGAAGAUCCACGGGGUGCAGCAGCAGUACGCCUAUAAGCAGCGGCGGGACAAGCUCUACGUCUGCGAGGAUUGUGGCUACACGGGCCCCACCCAGGAGGACCUGUACCUUCACGUGAACAGUGCUCACCCGGGCAGCUCGUUUCUCAAAAAGACAUCGAAAAAACUGGCAGCCCUUUUGCAGGGCAAGCUGACGUCCACACACCAGGAGAAUACCAGCCUGAGUGAGGAGGAGGAGAGGAAGUGAGGAGAAGGAAGGGGAGGACAGACGUUCACACUGCCACGUAUGUCUACGUGGAUUUUUGGUUUUCAGCGUCCCCCACCCCGCUGGCUCUUCUUAAUUAGAAGUGACCAGUUCACCUCUGUGUCCUUUUGAAACAUCAGCAGUAGGGUCCGUUCCAAGGUUAUCAGUUACCGUAGUGACAUCAGGCCCUGUAACCUGUGUCCUGUCUGGCGCAGUUGCUCGCAUUCACCAAAGUUUGUUUUCAAUGAUCCUGAUGGCCAAGAACACCGUGUGGGAUUUUUUUUUCCCCCCAAGGAUUUUCACACAUGGAAGGAGAGGUAUUUCUUAGAGAGAUCAUCAUUUUAUGGUGCCUUGAAAUAAAAAUACUUCUACUUGAAAUGCUGUUUAAGCAAGGAAAAUGAAUUUUGUUAUUCUGAAAGAGUUUACAGAAACUAUUUUAAUAAAUGAAAUGUUCUUGUGAAGCUUUUAAAAGCAAAAUGGAACAUUGACCUACA